AUGUGGGUCUCUUCGAGACCUCUCAUGGGAAUCAGGGUAAACGGACAACCGAUAGAACUCGUCGAUGAAUCCUGUAAUCUGGGCUGCACGCUGAAGAACAACGGUAGCUACGAGAGAGAUGUUCAGCAAAGAUGCGCUAAGGCCACUUCUGCAUUUAACUCCUUAACGAAAUGCCUGUGGUCGACCUCCAUCACCAACGAAGUCAAGCUGCGAGUCUACCUAUCCGCAAUUCGCCCCAUCAUGAUGUACGGAUCGGAAACUUGGGCAGCACCAUCAACGGUUAUGGAGAGGCUUGAAUGCACGGAACGAAAGCUACUUAGACGGCUAAUUGGCUACUUUUGGCCUAGGGUAUGCCACAAUGAAGAUCUCUACGCAGAAAUAGAUGUGGUAUACCGGCGGAUGACACGUGGAAGACAUCAACAUCUUGCACCGCCAUCGAAAGUGGCUAAAGUAAAUCGUCUUCGCUUCUUUGGUCAUAUAUUAAGGAGACCGGCCGAUCGCCUUGUUCAACGAGUUCUGAGGAGUUUGCCGGGUUCAAGCUGGAAGAAUCCACCUGGCCGAAAACGGAAGUUUUGGACUGAGGUGGUGAAAGACGACCUGAGGACACUCGGCGUGGAGAGGCAGUUCAGGCGAGACGUAAGGUUUCGCAGAAUAUGGAAUAGCGACGAAUGGAUUGAUUCUGUGCAAGCCCUCGCAGAAGAUCGAGAAGGUUGGGCAGAGCUGUGUUCAAGGACGGCACACCUCGGCGAAGAUGCGGCUAAUCGCGUCAGGCCAUGUCGUCGAUUAAGUCAGAAAGGGAAAUGGUAUGACACUAUACAACUUUUUCAGACUCGUUUGACUAAUGGGGAAGAACUACAAACAAAUCAGUUGGAAAAGAUCGCAAGGGAGUCGCAAUUUCUCGCUCAACUUUCUAGCCUCGGUGCCACUCUCUGA